AUGAAGGAUAGAUUAAAACACCGUCCAAAGAGCAUAUCUGAAGUUCAUUUCAAGAAAUUGUUAGUAUAUUGGAAAGAUACUCAUAUUCAAGAUAUUAUCCAAAAGAAUGCAGUUAAUAGGAGCAAGCAAAAGUUUAUACUUCGUGUAGGACCGACAAAUUUUGCUAGAAUUUGUGCAAAAAUGCGGGAAAACAAGGAUGUACAAGAAGUCACUCAAGCUGAGAUGUUUAUUGAAACUCGAAAAAGUCGCAAGGGAAAACAAGUGGAUGAGGAAACCCAAUUUGUGAUUGAUAAACUUCAAGAAUCUAUUAAAACUUCAACUGAAACUGGAACACAAACAUUUCAAUCACUGCUUGGAAAAGAAAAACCCGGUAGAGUGAGAUGUUAUGGAAGAACUGUUACACCAUCAUUGUUGGAAAAAAAAUGA